CCUGGUCUGGCGGAGGAGUCGGUAGUCUUCAGCUGGCAGCCUUACCAGUUAGUUCUGAACAACGAAUACCUCUGUGUUGUGGGUGCUCGCCUCGGUUCUUCUUCUUCAUAUUGCCGUACAAUCUAUACACUCAUUCUUGGUGUGUUUUUAUUUCUCUCGAAAUACGGAAAUUUACCGAGUAAUGUAGAUUGGCUGCAAGAAUUCAACAUAGACAAAAAAGGAUUAAAAGAAAUUUGCAUCAGGUCCGAGAAAUGGGGAAAAUGUCGCCGCUGUGCUCCGCGCUCAACAUGUUACAGUUUAUUAUGGUCUUAUUCACUUGGAUCUUACUCGAUUCGGUUCCCAUGAUGAGUUGCGACACUCUGAAGCCAACGGAUCCCUUCAGCGAUGCCCUGCCACACCUCGAUAAUGACGACUACACCAGUGACAAUCCAUUCGAGAGGCCGUGCACGGAGGCCAAGCGCGGACUAGACCUACCGUGCACUUGUUCCAGCGGUCCCGACAACGGGACCCACAUCAAUUGUGACCGAAUGGUCUUCCCCGGUGACUUUCCGGUACUUCCCUACCGUUACCGCAUUCACGGCUUCUCACAGCGACUCACGGGAUACCAGGCUUUCCCGGCCCAACUUUUCACGGCCAGCGAUGUGCCCCUCAAGCGACUGGACCUGUCCCAAAACGGCGUGGUCUUGAUCACGGAAAAGCUGCUGGACGGGAUUGGCGACACGCUGGAAGAGAUCAACCUAAGUCAAAAUUUGCUGGGCGAUCAGCUCAACCCCAUCUUUUCUACCACCGAGUUCCACAAUUUGAAGCAACUGAAACGUCUAGACCUCAGUGACAACGAUCUGAAAGCUCUGGACGAUUCCAUUGUUAAAGGAUGCGAUAAACUCCAGGAUUUGCGACUGGAACGAAACAGCCUGAUGCGUGUUCCAAGCGGCACCUUGAAGGAAGUCAAAACCUUGCAGCGUUUGAAUCUAGAACACAACAAUAUUGGUGCGAUUGGAAAUGAGGCGUUUGUUCAACAAACGUCGUUACGUUCGUUGAACAUGUCACACAACGUCAUUGCCAAUAUCGACAUGACCGCUUUGAAGGGUCUGUCGCAACUUCAAAAAAUGGAUCUGAGUUACAACAAAAUAUCUCGCCUUUCAGAAAGACUCUUUUCAGAUGUAUCAAUGCUGCAAGACGUUGAUUUAAGUAACAAUUUCUUGUCUUCCAUUCCAACGUCAUUGACCGGCUUACCCUCUCUCAAGAGGCUAUCGUUAUCGGCCAAUCUUAUCCAGAACCUGGAUAGCGGAGCGUUAGGAGAACUUCCAAGUUUAGAGUAUUUGGACGUCUCUAGAAACAACAUUGCCGAAUUGCCCAAUGGCACUCUGUCACGAAUGAGCCGUCUGAAAACCCUGCAGUUUAGUGUUAACACGCUUCGCAAGGUGGAAGACGAUGCUUUCCGAGGACUGGAACAGCUGGAAGACCUCUACCUGGACGACAACGGCAUUCUGGCAGUGCCUCAGUCAGCCCUGCGCCACGUAACGAAAUUGCGCCGGCUGUCGCUCUCCUUCAACCGAAUAGCCGUCGUUUCAGGUCAGCUCUUCGGUUUCACCACCGAACUGCAGCACCUGUCGCUCUCUUACAACGUCAUUAGGGAACUACCGGAAGAGGCUUUCCUGCCGAUUAAGUCGCUGCGACGCCUCGAGUUGCGUGGCAACCAGCUCACCGCCGUACAGGCCAGCACUUUCCGCAGUCUGGCGUCGUCUCUGCAAGAACUGGACCUCGGUCGCAACCGGAUCAACGAACUCGAAGCGCUGGACCUUCCCCAAGUCCAAACUUUGAAAUUGGACUACAACAAUUUGACGUCGCUCAAGCGCGGCCAAUUCUCCAAGAUGACGCAACUCAUCGCCCUCAACGUCAGUCACAACGGGAUCGAUCUGGUGCCCAGUGGGAUUUUCCGCGGUCUCUACCGACUUCGCCAGAUCGAUUUGCGCAGCAACAACCUGGCCACCCUGGCCGUUGGCAUCUUUGACGGAUUGGCCAACCUGCGAGCCGUCUACCUGCAAGACAAUUUGAUCCAGCUGAUCGACUCGCGCACUUUCAGUCAGCUGCCGCAGCUGCGACUGCUCCAGCUCGGCCGCAACCAAAUUUCUGAAAUUCGCACCAACGCCUUCGACAAUUUACCGCAGCUCAGGAAAAUUGUGCUGGCCAACAACCAACUGGAGAGCGUGCCAAAGAGUCUCUCGCGAACGACAAAUGCCACCAUGCCGGUCGAGGUUCUCGAUCUGUCCAUCAACAAACUAACGGCCAUUUCAAGUCGAGAUUUCUUCUAUUGGUCGAAAUUGGAAUACGUCAGUCUGGCGCGUAACAAGAUCGUUUCGAUUGACGAGCACGCAUUCCAACAGCAAUCGUCCACUUUGAAAACGCUAGACCUGUCGCGCAACAAACUCAAGGUGCUACCAGCUGGCCUGGUCACUAGAGCCGUCAAGCUACGAGCCAUCGACGUCAGCCGCAAUUUGCUGGACAGGAUGAGUGCGACAGUUUUCCAGAAUUCGUCACAACUUCAGACCAUUAAUCUGAGUUACAAUCGACUGCGAUCGCUGCCCGAAAAUCUCUUCCACGGUCUGACUCGACUCCAUUUAAACUUGGAACACAAUCGGCUGAAUUCUCUGCCGUCGGGCAUAUUCGAUCGCUCCAAACUUCACGGAUUGCUGUCCAUCCAUUUGGGACACAAUUUCUUCGAAGAGGUGCCCAUAGAUGCGCUGCAGAAGCAGUUCUUCCACCUGGAAUACCUCAACUUGGCCAACAAUCGACUGCGCGUCAUCCCGGCCGACACCAACAUUCUCGUCACCAUCAAAACGCUGGACCUGUCGUUCAAUCCGCUGACGGAAGAGUCCGUUCACAAUGUGCUCAGCGAGCCCAAGAAAGUCAAGGAUCUCAACAUGGCCGCCACUGGCAUUUCCCGGAUACCCGUCCUGGAGACUCCGUUCCUGCGUCGGCUGAAUCUCUCCUCCAACAAGCUGGACAGCCUCAACGAAACUGUUUUCCAGCGGCCCACUUUGCUGGAGAUGCUGGACCUCUCCAACAACCAAAUCGUGGGCAGCAGCGCCGGGGGUCUACCCAACAGCAUCUGGUCGCGGAUGAUCUUUCUCAAGAAACUGAUCCUGUCGGGCAAUCCCAUCAGCCAAAUUGUCAAGGGCGAUCUGUCUCAUUUGUCGUCGCUGGAAGCGCUCGAGCUGGUCGAUUUAGCCUCUUGCACUAGGAUCGACAGCCAGGCAUUUUCUAGCCUGCCCAAUUUGCGCAAUCUCAAACUGUACGGCCUACCGCGCCUCGAGUCGCUCCAGUCACGCAACAUCCUGCAGCACAUCACGACGCUGGAGCGAGUCAACAUUGAAAUCACUGAGCCGACGCUGCAGGAUCAACUGGCUCCCGCUUUUCUGCCCAGAAUUCGUGAAAUCUACGUUCACGGUCGCGGAGUUUUGCGAUCCAUUUCACCGGCCACGCUAGCGGGAUUGACCAGUCCUCAGAUUCUCUUCGCUCUCCACGACACGGCCGUCACCAGUUUGCCCGCUUCGCUCCUCUUUCCGGUGCCCAUGUCAACUGAGCUGACGCUGGAUUUGUCCGGCACCAAGCUGCCGGUUUUCAGCCCGCAAUUCUUGGCCGCCGCCGAUAAUCACCGCCAGUUCCUGGAGCUGCGCGGCUUGCGCCAGAAUCCCAUCAUCUGCGACUGCAACGCCCGGCCUUUCCGCCGAUGGCUCAAGGCUCACGUGCCCCAGAAGGGAUUCCGUUCGCGACGCAGGCCGCGUCAAGUGCCUCUUUUAGACGAUUCGUCGAGUAUUCUGGUUCGAGUGUCGGCCAGCAGUAGCCUCGGCCGGCCAGCUGUUCAACGCAACGAAACCGUCUCACCAGUCACCACCAACCAGCAGGCCAACGACUUGGUGGCGUUCAAAUUUUCCAACAUUGAACCAGCAGAGAUCAAGAACACGACGACAAUUCCGCCGACUCAACGGCCGCGUAGUAGUAGUACUACUACCCCCAUUGCUGUGUCGCGGAGUACACAAGAAUUAUUACCGGCCACAGUUUCAGAUGGGGAGGUGUUUGUCGUUACCUUGGGCUAUGAGGACAUCCAGAGCGACGACGAGAGCGACCUCAACCAACAUCUCAAAGACGAGGUGAUUCUUAGUUUGUCGCAAGAAUUGGCCGAUGUCCGGUGUAGCGGCCCGUCGGCUCUCAUGGGCAUUCGUCUAAUUGACAUGGCCGAGGAAGAUCUGAGCUGCGACGGACUCGGUCGUGGUGAAGUGGUCGUUCCAUCUUCCGAGACUGAAAACACUCUCAAAGAUACCAUCGAUGUGGUGGUGGCGGCCAGACCUAGUCGCCCCCUAUUUACACCGGCGUACUCUUCACCGGUGCCUAGUGCCACCACUAAUCUCACAGAGGGCGAGCCGGAAAUCAUUUGGUACAGCGAGAACGAAGAUUUGCAUACCAGCAGCGAUGCCAACAUGCGCAGCAACAUCGUCAAUAAAGAUCGUCGAUAUCCCGAGCUGAAAUACGGCGGCAAUGCUCGGGCGGAAAGCGCUGCCGGCAAUCCCGGAUUGCAUCACAUGGACGCUGUGAUUAUCGGAAUUGUGGGAGGUGUCGUGGCUUUCGUGGCUUUAUUAAUCAUCAUUAUAUGUUUGGUUCGACUCCGAUCGGCUGCGCCGUAUCGUGGUGGGCCCAUGGCCGGAGCCUUGGCCAUCAGGCAUGAUAAAUGUACUUGUGUGGGUCCUAGUAGCGGGCAUCCCAUGUUGUGCCAUUGUUUGCCGGGCUAUCCUGGUCAUGCCUUGCACGGUCCACCGUCCCUGCAGUCUCUUACCGGAAUUCCGGCUCUACCUUCGUUGCCGUUACCUUUACCGCCCUGCCCUCCGUCGAGCAGCCGUGGUGUUACUGGGCGCAGUUCCAUCUACAGCGUGCCCAUUCCCAGGAAAAUCGGAUCGCCGCCGCAGCACCAUCCGCGCUCGACUCUAGGUCUGGCCAGUCGCUCCAGCUUUUAUCCACCGACACCUUAUUACGUCACUUUCCCACCCGAAUCGGAGACUUGAUUGAUGCUAGAACCUGGCGAAUCAUUUUUUCAAAAACAAUUACAACUCUGUGAGUGAAUGAAAAUAUGUUUGAGUGUUGACAUUCGUUUUGUAAUAUUUUUACAUUAAAUUUGUUGAUGGAGACAGGUGGAUGUUGGGAAUUUUGUUGCUCAUUUGAGUGUCCUUAACAAAUGUGUACAUGCAAUUGUUACUUCGUGCGUCGUCAUGAAUGAGAGAGGAAACUGCUGUGUGAUCGUUUGUAAUCAUUUUGAAAAUUGACAUCUAUGCUCAUGCUUGUAAAUACACUGCAUCCGUUCAG